AUGCCAACCACUAAUUUCACUGCGCAUAAUCCUUAUCAAGAUGAAGAAGAUUAUAGCGAAGAAGACGACCAAACAAAUAGUGAAGAAGAAGAUGACACAGCACUUAACCAGCUUUAUGCUCGUAAUCAAUCCUUGUCUUCAGCCCCUCCUGAAAUUACACAUGAACGACUAGAAUGGCAACAAAUGCUUCAAUCUGUCCUUAUGGGAGAAGUACUCAAGUCUGAAAAGAAGAGACUCUCGAGUUCAGACAAGUUCCAGCAACCUACACCUACACAAGAAAUCUGGCUGGCCCUCCGUGCUUUACUGCGUGGGAGAACACUCUUGGAAGAACAGAAAUGCUUAGAAGACAGUAGAAAAGAAAUCGAAGGCAUUUUAAAAAUGGUCAUUGAAUUCAAACUAAACGACAUAAAGGACCAAAGCACGGCAUUAAGGAAAGUAGCUGAAGUCCUAAAGAAUAUCGAUCGUAUCGAAUCUCUCUAUACCACUCGUGCUGCGAUCACUCAAGCUCAUCCAGACUAUGGUUCUGCUUCGUUCCAAACAAAAUUAGACGCACUCAACGCCUGGUGUACGAUCACCCGCAGCUUGAGCAUGCAAUAUAAAAUAUUAAGAAACUGGACAGGCUCAGAAAGCCUGCAGAUUGCAAGAAAGAUGUCAGAAGAUGAUACUACGACAGUGACUAUUAAAAAUGAUAAAGUAAAGGAGACAAAGCAAGAUAAUAAGAACGACACAUCUUUUGUCGAAAGGCUCUUGAAAGAAUCCGCUCUGCAAGACACCUUUGACAAACGCACCCUUUCGGCUCUCAAUUUACUGCUCGUCAAAUCGAAACAGACCAUGAUUUAUUAUUCCAAGUCCUUUGAAGAAAUGAACUUGCCGUCUUUUACAUCUCAACUUCGACAGCUGGCAUACUUUCCUAUUUCACUAGUUCAAGAAGCUCUCAAGCUGCGUCUAGAGUACAAGGACCGUACGAACGAACCACCAAAACAAAUGGUAGACGCCAUGAUGGAAGAUUAUCGUGGCCUGAUCUCACUGGCUUGCAGAGUUAAACUUCAGUAUCAGGACUUGAUGUAUUCUGCUCCAGGCUGGGACCUCUCGCCAGAUGAAUCCGUCGAUAGAGACUAUGACACUGUCUUGAUGGAAUCCGUUCGAUUUUACUUUAAACUGAUCACUUGGAAACUUAAUUUUGAAAAAGAGAAUAGCCUUAGAGAAUGCGAAGUCAUGGAAAAGGAGUGGGGGUUCCUGAAAAACUCAAUUUGUCAGGCUGUGGAUAAGGCAGAUUGGGAGUGUGCUGAGCACUUUUGUUCAUUAACAAACAGGUUAUUAGCAGAUGUCAUGCGUGAUUAUAUAUCCAGCUUAAAGAUACCACCAGAAGCAGUGGAUGAUGGUAUUGAAGCCAAGUAUACAAAACUAUUACACACUAUGCGCAUGCGAGCGAGAAAGCUUUUACAGUUUGCAAGAUUUUUCAUGGGUCAAUUCGAAAAUGCUGCAGAAUAUGUUGUAGACCCCGAAAAUAUGGAUAAAUUUAUUACAUGCCUUGUCGAGACUGGCCAUUUCCUGGUCUACACAGGCACAUUUGAAGAAGACCGAAUAUACAUCAUAGCUUCGCCUUCACUGUACGGACGAGAAGAUGUGGUACGGUCGAUUGUGAAGUCAUGCUUUGCGUAUGACAAAUCACCUCCACCAAGCGCGACGCCAAUCAUGAUGAAUCCUGACAACGCAGAAGACUAUGUCUUGAUCUUUUCACCUUGGCAGAACAUUAUGUGGACAGGAGAGGUUGUCGAGGUGUCUAUUCCAUUUAUCCAUUUAGGCAUCAAGACUCGUCGUGUUCGACUGACGACAGGAGACUCGAGCGACCUUUCCCCGGCCAAAGCAGCCUUCUGGACGGCCGUGCAACACUCAGGCGUUGAAAUUGUACAGGAGCAUCGAGCACAUAUACCAAGAAUCAAUAAGGAACUGUACAAGAUCAAAAUGACUGUCUUCAAACUGGCUGAUUCUACCAUCUCGAGCGUAGGCACAAUCCGUGAGCAGACGAUGUCUCUAGGAUGUCAGGAGCUCGUGGAAGAAUGCUUUAGUUUUGCAAGCGACUUUGGUAUCAGGGCAGCCAAGUUUUUGGAGCUAGCAGUGCGUCUUCAGCUCGACUUGAAAUUGGUGCGGUUGGCUAUCGAUUGGAUUUGUUUUAUCACAGAUGACUGCGUGCCGUCUGAUCGAAAGACGUUCCGAUGGGCUGUUGCUGCGCUCGAGUUUGUUCAUCUGAUGACACGUGGAGCAAACAUUCUCGCCUUGAAUGAAAACGAGUUUGCAACACUACAGAGCAAGGUAGCAAGGUGCGUUGCAUUGCUGAUAUCUCACUUUGAUGUCCUCGGCACUCGAUACACAUAUGAAUUGCAACUCAAGGCAGAGCAGCAACGACGCGGUGGUGUUACAGCCAAACGCAACUCGUACAUGACGUCUAGGAGUAGUGAUAAGGAUAACAUUACGACGAGUUCUACGUUUGGAGCCGCAAAUGAUGCAGCUAUCACAGGCGGUGGUGGCGUGAUUUAUAUUCGUGAUGCUUGGAUGCGCAAGAUAUCUGAACUUGAAGAGAAGCGUAACAAGGAUGAGCAAGAACGUAAGAUUAUCGGUAAGAUCUUGGACGAUCAAAAACCAGAGGAUCAAUCACUUGUGUUCCUUGCUCCUUCGUCUUCCAAUAUCUCUUUCCGUUGGCAACAAGGUCGAUUCAUUGGGGCCGGUACCUUUGGUUCUGUCUAUUUGGCCAUCAAUUUGGACACAUCUUCGGUUAUGGCGGUAAAAGAAAUUCGAUUCCCUGACUCAAGUUCUCUUUCUGCUUUACACAAGUCAAUCAAGGAAGAAAUGAAGGUGAUGGAGAUGCUGCAUCACCGAAACAUUGUACAAUAUUAUGGUAUGGAAGUUCACCGUGAUCGUGUGUAUAUCUUUAUGGAAUACUGUGAAAAUGGAAGUCUAGGCGCUCUAUUGGAUCAUGGUGGGCGUAUUGAAGAUGAGCUUUACGUGGUCGAUUACGCGUACCAGUUACUGAGUGGUCUUGCCUACCUGCAUGAAAAUAACAUUGUACACAGAGACAUCAAGCCUGAUAAUAUCCUAAUUGAUUAUCAAGGUCAGCUGAAGCUCACAGACUUUGGUGCAGCAAAGAUUUUAGCAAAGGGACAAAAGACAAUGGGACGUACUACAAUGCAUAUGAAUGUGAAUAGCUUAGCAGGCACACCGAUGUAUAUGGCACCUGAAGUUAUCACUGGAAGCGAUACGGGGCGAAAAGGCUCGAUGGACAUUUGGUCUCUUGGCUGCUGUAUUGUUCAAAUGGCUACUGGUCGCCGUCCUUGGAGCACGCUUGAAAAUGAAUGGUCUGUCAUGUACCAUGUCGUGACUGGCCAUCCACCACUUCCUGACGCUUCCCAACUUUCAAGCAUGGGCAUUGACUUUUUGAAAAAAUGCUUUAUCCGUGACCCAACAAAGAGACCCACCGCCGAAGAAUUACUACAGCAUCCAUGGAUUACAAACUAUCUGGAAAGCUACAACGAAGACAACAAUAUGUAUCCUCCUGAAUCGGAGUAUGACGAUCAAGUGAUUGAAAAUAGCUGGCCAUCUGAAGCUCCAGAGCCUGAGGAUGUGUCAUCCAUCGUACGAUCGAUCAAUUCAGCUCAAUCUCUAGAUCGGCCACUGGUUCGAAGUAUUCCCAACAGUUUGGCUCUGGACGGCAUGGCUAAUAGCUUAGAGAAUGGUGCACAAGCACAAGCUUAUUUCCGUGAAAUUGCUGCUCAACAUGCUUCAGACAUGCAGUGGAGUAAGUAA